CCUCUCUACACACACAGCAUGUCCUUUCUGACUCGGUUCGUUCAUGAUUCGCCCGAGAUAAGUUGAACGGAGUUAUCGCAACAUCAUUCGCGUUUCAUCCCUUAGCCAGGCAAUAUUAAUUUAAGUUACGCAAAGAACGUUGCAAAGCCGCGUCAUGGCCAAAACGGCCUUGCAGGGUGGUCACUUUAACCCCCUUAGUUAUCUGUAGAAUAUUGUAAUAUAAUUUCGAAAGUAAAAUUCUAAUUCGAAGCCAGAUAAGGAUCGAGUCCCAAACAAAGUUGUAGGAAACAGUCCAACUUGUAACCGCAAUCCGAAACAAACGAGUUCCAAAAAACGCGUUCGGUCGAAAUCGCGAGUAGUUCUUUUAAAACAUCGCCGAAACCGAAAGGCUAACGAAUUCUCUCUCAUCCGGCUUGAAAGGAUUUCAUUUAACCAAAAAAAAAGAUACUGUUCUUCGUUGGUUUGUUAGUGAAAAGAAUGAGGUUCGUUUUCUUGUUAAUCCCGUGCAGAUUCGUUCUGUAAGUGUCCAACCAGAUCCGGUGUAAGAAUCAUUCAAAACAAAUUGCAUAGUGAUAGUGCAUUCGGAAGGAUACACUUUCAAAUUCCUUCAAUCACCCGCGAAGUGUUAAAAACUCAUCGGAAUUGGUGAGAUAAUAGAAAAGUGUUAAGGCUCGUUGAUCGGUUGAUCCUUUUUCAAAAUUACGUCACAAAUUUGAGAUUGUUCCAAUGCUGGUUACCAUCAACAUUCGGCAAAUUCCAAAGGUAUACCUACGUUGAACAUCGGUGCCCCGUAAUGGACUAAUUAGCCCGUAAUAAUCGAAGUGAAAGGACGAUUUCAUCUGCUGGAAGAAAAUAGCUUUUGUCACCAGAGAACAUCAAUAACUCUAAAUUCAAGCCAACCAUCUCUCCCACAUGUGCUCAGAACCCACCUUUGAAGAAAUCCUUCACGAAAAGCUUAACCGAUUUUUGGCAAAUCGUCAAGUGGAAUUCCAAUACAAGCACUGAAAUCCAAAUGCAAGGGACAACAAAACUAUAGAAGAAUCUAAAUCAAAGGCUGACCAGUUAACUACUCCCGAGACUGGACAAUAGUACGAGGUGUUUUUCCAUUCAUCUGUAGGUAGACAAAUUCCGGAAUAGAAGGAAGAUCAUUCCACGAAAAAGGAGCGACCAAAUCUAGAUCGCUGAGCAUUAGUAGUUGAGCUGUCAACUGGGAUAUUACGUUUCCUGAGUCUACAAUAAAAGCAUUUCAGGCCUGCCGGAAAACCUACUCCUUUUCCCGCCUUUUCAUUAGCCCCCCCGAAGUUAACAUAACUGAGCCCAUCCCUCCCAUCUCCACGUUUCAUCUUCAAGUCCCGCAUAAAAUGUUACGCGAAACGAUACAAAUGUUGGCAUACCUUAGUGUGCUCUACGGAAGCGCCUACCCGUUGCACAUGGCCAGGGAUUCAUAUCGUCGACAAAUGCCCGAUUUAGAUAUAGUCGAAAUAGCGAACAGUAGACUGUCUUCUAGCGAUAGUGAGAACGGCGCCAGUAUUAUCGGACAUAGUAAGUCCUUGCAAUCUUCCCCCCUACUAGUAGGCGCCUCCUCAGUGACAGGUGGUAUGGACAAAUCGAUGUCACCACCGUCAAUAGCAAAACCUAAUCUGGACGGUGAAAGUACUCUAAUUGACGCUAGUGGUCCUCUGCUUUCAUCGAUGUUCCGCGAAAAUGAAUUCGCCAGUAAACACUUGUUGGGACAUCAUGUUCCGCGACCCGCCUACAUUAACAACGACGAUAUCGCUAGACGAGAUAUCGACGACUAUCGUAGACUCGAACCACCGCUAGCAUUACAGGAAUUAUUCGAUAGUUCUAGUCGAUUAGAUGAGCCAAUAGUCGAACAACAUGCGAAAUUCGAUAUAAGGAUGCAACAGAAGCAACAGAAGAAGAACCAGAAACAACAGUCACAACAGCAACAAAAGCAGAAGCAGCAACAAAUGCAACAACUGCAUGAUCAGCAGCAACAGAUUCAUCAGAGUAAACGGGCUCCCAUUCCCAACAGCGGAGGUCCUGGCGGAAUAGGAAACAACGGACCACCUGACUUACAAAUGGCCUCACACGGAAUUGCCAGUCAAUUGAUGUUGCGCAGUCCUCGCGGACAGCGACAGUAUGAUGUUCCACAAAUUGAAUGUCCUCCUGCGAUAGAUGGUAUGGAAAGAUUUGCGUGCCCAACACCAGACAGGCAAGGCAGAUAUCGAUGUAUAGACGACCAUGUAUUAUGUGAUGGCUUCAUAGACUGUCCGGAGGGUGAAGAUGAAGACCGACAGGCUUGUAUGUUCUACAAAACGACAAAGGCCCAUCUAGAUGUGUUAGCCGAUGCGUUAUUACGUUGGGCGCGAGGUCGCUAAAGGCUCGAAUCCAACUCUAUGUAAAGCGAUCAAACAAAUCUGGAGAGUAGAGCGAAGCAACAAGAAGAAAUCUCACGCGAAAUGACUGGUAUACAAAUUAUAUAUAUAGGUAUAUAAAUUAUAUAAAAAAGCAAAAACCUGUAUUUAUAAAUAUAUCUGUAGUAAUACACAAAAUUAUACUAUUAAAUUUACUCAAUAAAAACAAAGAAAAAAAAACCAACAACUUCAAAACUAAGUGAAAUUCCAGCACGAUCGAAAGUUUCACAGUAAAGCAAUGAAACUACCCCAAAAAACCAUUGACCGAAACAUAAGUGAAGAGGAUAUCUUACGAAAUAAUAACAAUAAUAUUAUUUAUAAUGUAAAACUUACUGAAGGGACAUAAGACUUACAGAAUUAGUAGAAGUAAAUCAAUGAUCAGCAUAGACGAAGAAAACAAGAAAAAAAAUAAAUGGAUAUCUAAUGUUAAGAUAAAUGAAUCCUAUCUUAAUCAAUUAGGAUACAAUGAACAAACAGUGAAGAGAAAAAUAAAAACGUAAAAACAAGUCAUGUUUUAGGAAUUUGCUAUUUUUUUUCUAAAUGUGUAAACUAAAUCAAUUGUAUAUUACUAAUAAAUAAUGGCAAGGUUAUAAACAAACAAUAUUGAUGUAGUGAUCUUAUUUGUUUAUAUCUAAAUGUUCAUUUAUUUAUACUUCAAUGUGAAUUUCUACCAGCUAUUCAUUUCUUCUUAAACCAUUACUGAAAGAAAAUCCAUUAAAUCAAUAAAUCUAUGUGACUAAUUCAAACUAAAAAGCAGCAUGUGAAGGCCAAAAUGUGUACAAUCAAAUGCUAAUUUUUUUCUUAUUUUUUUUAAAGUAUCUUUUUUACUAAACAACCAUUAUUUCAUUCCCUUUCAGUUCCCAAGAAGUUUGAAAAAAAAAAAAAACAAUUAUAUUAUUCUAGUAAUGACGAAUUUCAACCGCCGAAUUUAAAUUGAAAUUAAAAAAAUUUCCGAAGAAACAUAUAAUAUCCAAAAACAGCAUUCAGCAUAACCAUCAAUUGUAUUCAUACAUACACAUUUACAAGGAAAAUGAAUAAAACUACUCUCAUGGAAAUGAUGGCAGCUAUAAAAACAAAAACGUGUAGAUAAAUAUAUUUAAAGUAAUAUGAAUAAAUAUAUAUGAAUGAUUUAUAAAAUUAAUGCAAAACCUUAUUGAAAAAAAAUCUAUAUAUAUAUACAUU